CAAAUGCCUCCCUGAUGCAGACGAUCCUCUCCAGGGCCGGACAGGCUCCGCGCGGCGGGUGCAGAGCCUGCAGCAGCGCCAUCAACACCCUGGGCAAGAGACCGGUCCCCGUCCGCCGCAAGCCGACCUUCGCCGAGCUCUUCACAGCAUGCUACAGCUCCAUGUUUGCUACGGCAGCAUUGGUGGAUGCCGUCAGGAAGGAGGACCGCCGGAAGGAGCUGGAUCGUCAGCUGGACGAGGUUCGAAAGGAAAUUGCCGAUCUCCAGGAUGGCCGGCAAUCACACAGCUCGGACGACGACUCGAUGUAUCGGUGGCUCGGCCUUGGACAGAUGGACGAACUGUGGAGGAGCUUGAAGAAGAUAUACAUAAGCCGCCCGUACAUGAAGGAAAUACACCAGCCGGCAACCAUUAGCAAUUGCGACCUCAUCGAAGCUCUAAAGCACGAAUACUAUGGCUGCCCGAGCGGUCCGUUGCGCAGUGCAAAGAGGCAAUUGGACUACGAUCUACUCGAGAGCGCAAUCAUGCGGGAAGAGGUCGACACGGCGAGAUUCUACCGAGAGCCCCGAAAUCAGGUUCAGCUGCUGCGCGAAACCAUGAACGCGGAGGCCCUAGUUCGGAAACUCUUGCAGCGGUCAAAAUACUAUGCCAAAGGCGAGCCCGCGCCGUCGCUAGAAAAAGCUCAGACGUUGUUGGAAGAAGGAAGUCCGGAUUACACAUUCCGAUCCAUCGACGCUGUCAGGGCGCAGGAGAACACCAUAUUGUUGAACAAGCGCCUGAGAGCCUUGGUUGCUGCUUCGAAUCUGAAUAUGAAGGAGAAGAUUGGCAGAAUCUGCUAUAACUUGCUCAUCUCUUCUCACCCACCCGACGUCCACACCUACAACACGCUUAUCGUUGCGUUCAACAAGUCAGGCCACCACUCAUUCGCCGAAGCACUGGUGGCUUCAUUUUUCCACGAGCGGUUACUACAACCUACCAAUUCCACCUUCAUCGCCAUCUUGAACCACUACCGGUGCACCAAUAAUCACGGAAAGUUCCUCCGAGCUCUCGCAUGCAUCACCGGGAUCGACAAUCGAACCGGUGCCAAAAUCCGCCGGAGACACGUGUCAGACAUCAACAGGAACCCGACUCUCCUACCGUGGGCGUUGGAUGCCAAACGUCGAACUCUCAACGGCGAAUGGAUAUGGGACCAUCUGCCGAUGACUCUGCCGCUGGUGGAAGAAAUCUUCAGUGGUCUGCUUCACUUCAAACUCUUUGACCAAGCUGCGACAUUUUUCAUGUCAUGCAUGCAAUGCGGUGUAAAUCUGAGCCUGGAUUCCGUCAAAUACUUUUUUGAUGAAUGCAUCGAUGCUCUGGACUGGAAAGCUGCAGCUCGGUUGGCCGCCAGCUUAGCACGCUCUCAAUCAGCACUGCAGAGGUUGCUUAGCUACGGAGAUGGCCACGAAGUCACGUCCUACAUUGUUGGUCGAAUACGAGUCUUGUUAGACAUCUGUGGCCUUGGUGGUCCGGAUGAGCCGCCCAAGUCGCUCUUAGCCAGCCUGAGGAUUUCCGGCCCUGCUUUCACCAAGUUCCUCAACACAUUGGCUGAAGAGGAGGGCCUGCUGCAGGAUGCGUCCACAUCUAGUCGAAAGAUAGACAGGUGCAAGAGCAGGGUGCUACAGUUGGAGAGUAUCGGGAAGGAGUACGAGUUUGUGCGAAAGACGACGCUUUCCAUCGAGAGCAAGCUCCUCUACCCCGACUUCUCGCCUGCCUUUCGUGCUUCGAUGGCACUCUACAUUGGCGAGACGGCUACGCAGAGAAGCGAGCAGUUGAGCCGGGAGUUGACACAUGCCGCAACAGCCUUUGGAAGACGAUGA